AGAUGCUUCAAUAGUUCAAUCUCCAACUUCAAGGGUGAUUUCUGAUGUUAAAUUCUAUAUAAUAGGUACUUUUAAGAGGUUAAAAUUAAAAUGUCUAGGUAUUUUUCAAAAUAAUCGGGAAAAACGUGAAAAAAAUUCAGAAAAAACAGGAAUUUUUACGCAAAAUCGGUUUUUGACGAAUUCGAUUAUGUUUUUAGUGUAACACUACUAAAACAAAUAACCUUAGAUUCUUGAAUCAAUGUUCAUCAAAUGUUUAUAUAAGCAAUUUGCUAUUUUCUAUACAAGAUAAAAUAAUUUCAAAAUUUUUUUAAGUUUUUUUCUUUUUCAACAAAUGUCGAAAAAAAUAUUUUUGCUUAUAGUCAAAUACCUUCAAAAUGUAAUUCAAGGUUCCUCAUAAGUUGUUGUUACUGGAAAAAAGUUGAGUUCUUGAGUGUAAUCACACAAAUGUUUUAUUAUGAGCGUCUAAAGUUUAAAUUUUGAUAAAAUAGGAAUUUACACGUAAAAUAACGAUUACUCAUCAAACCAUUUCUUUUAUUUUGCUGUAAUUCAUAAACGAAUAAAGGCGCAUUCACAGUUACGUCGUGUGUCGUGUCGUUCGAGGGCUUGGUUAUUAUAUGGUUACGACUGGUAACCAAUACGGUUUAAAAGUCACCACGGACACCACGGCCUAUUAUUGUUUGUUCCCGGCCCUUACAGUUGUAGUGUUUGUACAUCUUUUUUUUAUUAAAUUUUUUUUUUUUAAAUUUAUAUAUCAAUUUUCCACCAACUAUCAUAAUUCAUAACACACUAUAACCAUACCACGGUUUUAGAUAGAACUAUUUGAAGCCGUGAACCAUACUACAACCUUCAUACACUGCACAGCAGCUCGUGUGAACACAUUUGAUAAUGUGAGAUAUAGUACCACGGAAUUCUGUGAUAGUACUAACACAUAUUCUCAUGAUAGUAACUAUCGUGUUUUACUAUCAUCGUGCGACUGCGGCCAUAAGGCCUAUCUUCAAGACCCCGACAGUCGCCCGAUUUGGCCAUAUUAUACCAUAUCAGUAUAUCACACUAUCUCAAUCUUACAGUGAGUCUGGUCGGUGUCCGUUGAACGGAACUGCUGUUAACUUCAAAAAUCCAAUAAUUAAUGAUUUUUGAAUCCUUGAAUGGAAUAGUAUAAUGGAAAUAUUCCAUUUUAUAAUUGUUAUACUAAUUAAUCUUCUACUUCAUUCAGUAAUUUUGACGGAAUGUUCUGUUGGAAACUUUGAAAUCAUAAAAGGGAUCCCAAUAGAAAAUGCCAAACUAUAUGCCCACGGCAAGGACUUCUCUUGUUUCGAUGGCACUUUAACUAUUCCUUAUUCAUAUAUUAAUGAUGAUUAUUGUGAUUGUAUUGAUGCAAGUGAUGAGCCAGGUACCUCAGCAUGUCCAAAUGGCACAUUUUACUGUUCAAAUAAAGGACAUUUUCCUUCCGUUGUGCCGUCAUCACGUGUGAAUGAUGGAAUUUGCGAUUGUUGUGAUGGGUCUGAUGAGUGGGCUAGUAAUUUCCAAAAAGGUGCUUGUCAAAACACAUGUGAAAAUCUUAGCCGUGAAGCUAGAGGUGAAGCAAAUAGAGUUCAUAAUUUAUACGCUCUUGGAUUUAAAAUAAGAGAACAACUCAUUGCUAAAGGCAAAUAUCUUUUAUUACAGAAACAGAAUAAGAUUCUUCACCUCUUGACCAAAACAAAAGAAGCGCAGUUUAAUAGAAGUAGUAUGUUCAAUGACAAAGAAAUAGCUAAAGAAAAAGAAAAAAAAGCUAUAGAGGAGGAAAAAUUAAAUCAGCAAAAUAAAGCAAUCAAAAUAUUUAAUGAAAUUGAUACUAACAAAGACAACAAAAUUGAAGUGGAAGAAGUAAUUGCUUACAGUACUUUUGAUCAAAAUCAAGAUGGUUUGGUUUCACAAGAUGAAAUUAAUUAUUUUAUGGAAAAUAAAAAGGAAUUUGAUCUAAAGGAUUUUAUGGCAAAUGGCUGGAAUCGUGUAAACCUGUUAAUUUUUACAAAAUCUUUUGAUGAAAAACAACAUCUAGCUAAAAGAAAUGUCAAAAAAGAUAUCGUAAAUCAAGAUUUUAAUCAUAGUUCUGAUAAUGAAACUGAAAAAUAUAAUAUUGAAGAUAUUGAAGCUAUAAGAAUUAAUAAAUUAUUAUAUACUGAAAAAACCAAAAUCAUAAUUAAUGAAUCAAAAAAAACUCGUGAAUUAUUUGAAGAGGCUGAUAGAACAGUUAAAGAUCUUCAAAAACAAGUAUAUGAAUUAAAAAAAUCAAUAAGUAAAAAUUUUGGUCCUGAUGACGAAUUCGCUGCUUUAGAUGGACAGUGCUAUGAACUGACUAAUGAUGAAUACAUAUAUAAAUUAUGUCUCUUUGAAAAGAUAACUCAAUGGCCAAUAAAGGGAGGACCUGAAGUACACUUGGGUGUCUGGAAAGAUUGGGCAAACUUUCAGAAUGACGAACCUCAAUAUCAUACCAUGCUUUAUGAUAGAGGACAACAAUGUUUAAAUCAUUAUCAAAGGUUUGCUUAUGUUCACUUGAGUUGUGGUUUAAAUCCUAAACUUAUAUCGGUGUCAGAGCUUAACCGAUGUGAAUACCUAAUGGAAUUUGAAUUGCCCUCAGUAUGUGUAAUAGAAGAUAAUAAAUAUUUAAGAGAACUUGAACGAGAAGAAUUAUAACCAUAAAUACUAUUAACUUAUACUUAAAACAAUUUUGUGUUAAAUUGGUUUUUAUUCCUCAUCAAUUAAGAAUAUUAAACAUGUUUAAAAAAUAAUGUACAUAAUAGAUAUAUUAGUGACAGUACUAAGUACUACAAAUGCAGAAAUUAAUUUCAUAAUAUUAAAUAUGCUGUGUUACCCCUGUUAUUAAUAAAAUAAAAUUGUUAGUUAAAUUACUA